CCUCGGGACGCGCCGCCCGCUCGCCCUCCGAAGGGGCUCCCCGUCCGCCCCGCCGGGAAUGCUCGACGCCGCUGCCGCCGGGGGCCGAGGGCUGGCUAGCUGAGUCCACCGACGCCGCCGACGCCGCUGCUGCCGCCGCUCCCCCUCCUCCUCCUCCUCCUCCUCGGCUGGCCGGGCAAGAUGGUGGGCGCGGCGGCCGCCGAGGUGGCCCUCCUCACCCUCGGUUUUGUAUUAGCUGUGUGCCAGGCCGUGGAGAACACAACAUCCGCCUUGAGUGGUCCGCCAGUGGCUGCUGCUGUGAGAUCUCAUUUUAACAGCUGUCCGGAUGCUCAUAGUGAGUUUUGCUUCCAUGGUACUUGCAGGUUCUUGGUGCAAGAGGAAAAACCAGCUUGCGUCUGCCAUUCCGGGUACGUUGGGGCGCGAUGCGAACACGCGGACCUCCUAGCAGUGGUGGCCGCCAACCAGACAAAGCAAACCAUCACCGCCCUGGUGGUGGUUUCCGUUAUAGCCUCUGUUGCCCUUAUCAUGGUCUGCGUCCUAAUACACUGCUGUAGGAUACGGAAACACUGCGAGUGGUGCAGAACUGUUGUCUGCAGACAUGAGAAGCCCAACGGGCUCCUGAAAGGAGGAGCGUCUUGCUGCCAUUCAGAGACAGUUGUCUGAUGGAGACGGGGGUCUGCUGGGAUUCUUACUGCUGUGUGUAGAAGGGACCACUUGAGCAUCCUACAGGAGGCCUACAAUAUUCCAGAGGGACACUUAAGAUGGACACAGGUGCUUCCUGAGGACAGAACAGUAUUGGCAAGCAGACUCCCUGCAACUUUCGGCUUCUUGUCUGUAUCCUCCAUUCAUGCGUUGUGCUUCCAGAACUUUGCCAGAGGGAAUCCGACCCCUGCUUUGUGGAGACACGUGACGCCACACACCAGGUCAAUCCAUACAUGGAAGCCUAUGGAUAACCAAGGAAUCUCAAAAGACUUCACAUAGUAAAAUAAAGAGUAGGAAAAGUACAGGCUGGUCAUUUUUUUAAAAAGUGCACAUUGGACAGCUUCAUGUUUACGUUGCUAUGAGAAAUGCACAUGGAGGGGGUGUCUAAUACCAGGAAAGAAUUGUGUACAGUUCAGGUGGGGGUAAACUUUUGUUUCACAAUAAUCUUCCUCCUUGCUUGAGACUUCAUGGAACAUGGACUCGAGUCUUAGGAUCCUGCACUCAUUACAGAAUCCGACUCAAAAGAAGUGAUGAGCUACAUUAGUGAUUUUGAGAGAGCUAAAUUGUCCAACUGAGAAGAAGGUCUGCUGGGUUCAACUGCAAGUCCCACCCCCUGAAAAAAAUAUCUUUUUGUAUCCAGAAACCUCCAGAUGAAUUUUCCAAAGUGAUGACUUGUAUCUACCAGCACUCAACAUUUUCCGUAUUUUGAAUACCUGGAUUUAGAAAAGUAAGGACUGAGCAGCAACACCUUUGAGCCCGAACGACAGCAACAUAGCUCACAUUUCCAGCUUUCAUUAUCACUGUGCCUCCAAAUUAGAAAGUUCUUUUUCGACCCGACCCCCGUUCUGUGUAACUGGAUCAAAACAACAACAACAACCGACUGCUCUGCUGCAUUUUCCCAAAGAAUGAAAAGCAGAGACCAUUAAAAAAUGUGUUGAUUACAAGGCAAGAGAUGUUGGGAAGGAUACUACUUGGGUUAUGGUUUUUAGCACCUAAUUGAAAAAAGCCCAGCUCAUUGAAAUAGAUAAGAAUCCUACUUAAAUCACUUUGGGAUGGAUUCUUAAAAGUCAUCCCUUUGUGGUUCUAAAUAGGAAGGGAUUUUUAGGCUGCCUUAACAGGACAAUGUCAGGAGACUGGAGUGUUUCAACAGAUACUUGUGUGUCUGGAAACAUUCCAUGGGAUCAGCUGGGCUUGUUGUGCAUCUUUGCUCUGACAAUUCUAACGCAUGUUUCCAAAGACAGGGGCAAUUUGUGGAAGGGCUUCCAUGUCCCGAUACUUGUUCUGCAGGAAGACGGCUGGCUCUUGAGUGUGAGGGGUGUAGCAUGUUGCUGAGGGUCCUGAUGCCUUGCUGAGUGUGCAGCCAAAGGUGUGUUGGGAAGAGGGCUGUUCUUGUUGGCUCAAAGUUGAUGUUCACCAUUUGGGAGGUCCGCGUUCUGCCGAAACCUCUCUUCUGUAAGCCGAAUUGAAAAGCAAGAAUCAGG